UCCCCCUCUACAUGUCUGAGGUUUACAUCCCUCCUCUCAGUGUGAUUCACGAGUUUCGGAAAGGAAAACGUGGGUCGCACUUUAACACGGCAUUGUGCAGCAGUAUAUAUUGACCGGAGUCAGUCUGAAGAUAGCCCUUGGGAGUUUAGUGAUUGCUGCUCAAUGCAGAACCGUGGAAAAAAGAUUUACCCAAAAUCGGAGCAUGAACUACAGCUCGAAUAUUACAACCGUGGGAAUGCUGUUACAGCUGAAGAGUUGAACCAGUAUCCAAGGGAGACCACUGCUGCUCUUUCCGGAGAAUAUUCUUAAGAACCAGAUACUUGGUAUUCUCUGUUAAUUGGUUCUAACGGUUCCAUAAAUCCUGCCAAUCGUGUGUGAUGCUAGAGAGUUCUGCUGCUGUUUACAAACCCACGGCACUGUUACAGACAUAAACGUCUGCAGACAUCAUGGGAGGGAUCGCUGGGAGUGACAUCACGUUCAGAUGAAAGAUACUUGGAACAUUUGGGAAUAACACGUUUUCUUUGACUGGUUAAGUAAAUAUUCAACAUUUAAAUAUUACAAAGAUGUCCACCACCGGUGUGAUAGUGACUGUGUAUAUGUGCAUCAUUGUUGGAACAGUGGAGUUCUCCGGCGUCACCUUGGCUGCCAAGUUCCCGGAUGUAGACGCUCCCCAACUCAACAUCACCUACUACAUCGGGAACGACGCCGAACUGUACUGCACUGUCGCCAACCUGGGCCGGAACACGGUGACUUGGCGGCGGCUGUCGGAUCCGGUCCCUAUCUCAGUGGGAACCGCCAAGUUUACCCCGUCCAAGAAAUACCGGGUUGCUCAUGAACCUGCGACCCAGAGGUGGACACUGUACAUCAAGAAACUGGACACGUCGGACGCCGGGGAGUACGAGUGUCGUGUCACUGGACACGAUGAACUGUCGCAGACCAUCACGCUCAUUAUGCCAGGAAACGGCGGCACCCACAUCGAGGCUACAGAGAGUAUCCUGAAAGUAGACGUUGGAGAGACGGUACUCAUGCCGUGCAAUGUUAAAAACCUGAAGAAACACAAGGUGUUGUGGGUAGGAGAGAGGGGUGGGGUGUUGGCGUACAGGAAGAAGGUCCUCUCCAGUGACAGCCGUCUCCGCAUCCAUCACACUACGCGGGAAGAAUGGAGUCUCCGCAUCAGGAACGUCAAGGACAGCGACUUCGGCACAUAUACAUGCAUCGUCAACACCAACCCAGUCCUCACUCGCACCUUCACACUAAGAAGCAAAGGUCCUCAAAAGCAAGCUCCCGUACUCGUUACCAAUAACCACGUCAGUACGGUGAAUGUCAAGGAAGGAAGCCCCGCGACCUUGGCCUGUAACUUCAGGGGUCACCCUUCCCCCAAGAUCAGCUGGAGUGCACGUGUAAUGGUCGGGGGCAAGAGGGUCAAGAAAAAUCUGGGAGUGCUUGGUACGACGUAUAAGAUUCCCAGUGCCAGACCGGAGGACGGCGGCAACUACACAUGCACAGGCAGGAACGGCGUCUACCCCACCGGCAGAGGCAGGGUCAAGCUGGUCGUGGAAGCAAACCCCACGACCCCUGCCCCGCGGACAACACCAGCCACGCCCACUGGUCCGGCGAGACCAAUCGUCUACAUUGAGGACGAACAGGUAAUGACGAGCAAAGGAAGCAUUGCCUAUCUCGUGUGUCACAGCGUGGGUAACCCAGCCCCCCAGAUGCAUUGGACACGCCACAGAAACAAGCUGUCUAACAGUUUCAAACACCGGACAAGCAACACCAGUAACGGUCUCUAUCGUCAAAGGUCCGAGCUGCGGAUCAUGCAUCUGGAGAGCAAUGACUAUGGGGAAUAUGAAUGUUUUGCCCACAACAACAGAGGAAACGUGAAUACAAGUGUUAGACUCGUUGAACCUUCAAAAUAAGUGCCAGUUCUGGCAGGAUGUCGAGACAGUGACAACGAAUCUGAAUCACUGGAGGUUAUUACCAUAAAGCUGUACAAAGACGUUCUCUCUGAAGACAAACCAAUCAGGUCGAUGCCCAGGGUGGACAAAACGUGUUCUAAGAGAUACUUGGGCAGGGCCAGUCGAUGUGUAGAUGACUAUGAAACCUACUGUUCGUGGACGCCGAGUGGCCCAUAUGCUCCACGGUUUCCAUUUAUUGUGUGUUUAUUAUUUAAAGUUUUGAGAGAAAUAUUCUCGCCCAUGACAUGUCUCACGUCUUCUGUGAGACACUUUGAUGUUGUCAGAAACGCCACCUCAGCGUGUUGUUCGUAACAUACCAGCCUCUUUUUGUAUCCGAGAAUUUAAUAAAAGAAAGUAAAAAACA